ACAGGUACUUACAAAGCAAAAGCAGAUAGCAGUAACAGAGGAACACCAGCAUUGAUAAUUAAGAACGGUAAAUUUCAGUAAUGGUGAUUCUUGGUUCGCGUAUAUAUGAAUGAAAUAGAGUGCCUCAGGCUUCCUUCGUAAAACGAUGCAAAGUUUGUAUUAGUUUGUGUUGAUAGUGGCUGUGAAGUGUAAAGUCUCAAUGUCUAUGAUGUCUAGGACCCGGUCGAUUACUGCCUUGUGGUUAAUAUUUUUUUUUUGUGUUAAAUUAACACGAACGCAGGACGAUUCGUUAGCGGGCAGUUUCUUGUCAGGUCUUUUGGAUACAAUCACAAGCACGGCUGACUCAAAAGAUUGUCCAGGAGUUUGCGUUCACGCAUUGGCCACAAUAAUUUGCUACGAUGUCUUGGAAGACGUAGCGUGUCCAUCAUCUUCUAUGAAAUGCUGCGUCGAUUCCCCUGUUUCGAAUAGUACCGAAGCAGAGGAUGAGAGUACUGUGAAAUUUGAAACUACAACUCUGAUUAGCACUACGAAUAGUACCACGAGCACUGCAAAAAGCACUGCGAUUAGUACGACGACCGUAAAAACGCAAAGUUCCACGAAUUCAACUCAGAUAGCUUCCGAGAAAACAACCAAUACCUCUGAAGUCGACGAUGCAAAAGCUUGUGCUGAAAAGCACGGUGUAUGUGUAGCCGAACGUAUCGCAGACUAUUGCGAAGCUAUCUUAAACACAGAGAAUUUAUGCAAAACUGGAUUGCGCUGUUGCGUCUCUAGCGACUCGUUCGGGGAUAAACCGCCAGCAGAUUUAAUAAUCCCCAACAAAACGAAACCAAGCUUCACCAAAAUCGAAACCCGAACCACUCCAAAACCAAGCACUACCAUUGCCACCACUACAGCCCACAUGGUAAAAGUAAACGUGGCGACGACUUACAGACCAAAUAUUUUAAAACCAUGCAAUGGCGAAUGCGUUAGCGGAUUGUACGCUUUAUUUUGUGACGAUAUUGAUACUGACGCCGACUGUCCAAACGAAGGCAGUUGUUGCAUUACUACACCUCUAGGAAGCGAGGAGUCGCAGCCCCAGUCGCCUAGACCCACCACAACACUCAGACCAACUACUAGGGAUCCGGGUCCCACUUGUCCAGGGUUCUGCCUGCUAAAUAUAAUGGCGGCAUUUUGCGAAAGACCUUCAGUGUUAAUACCCCAUACUUCAAAUUGCAAAAGAGGAUCGGUUUGUUGCGAUAACACCAGAACUACAAAUUAUACCCCAAAACCACGACCAAAGCCUCAUUAUCCAGUUAUGGUGACUACGACAACUACAACGGAUCCAAGACCAGAUUGCCCAGGGUCCUGUAUCGUAUCGUAUCUCAGUUUUACUUGCUUCAGGAAUGCUGAAAUGACGGAGAUAUUUAAGUGCAGGAAAGCUGGAACGAAAUGUUGCGCUCCCAAAUCAUUAAUCAAGGAAGCAGUGGGACAAAAAGAUGAACCAAACAUUAAUGAUAUACCGACCACACCAUCUAUUACAGGGCCAUUUACUGUCCAAUCUGUAACAACUCCUACCAGUAAGCACCCAUUAAAUUCAUCAGCGAAGAACAUAAAUCUUCUGAUUCCAGCAACUGACAUUUCGAGAUUGGGGACGACUCAGAAAUCGCACGUCUACAGCAAAUACGUCUGUGGGGUCAAAGGAACUUCCAGGAUGGGUAAAGUAGUGGGGGGAGAAGAUGGGGAACAAGGCGAAUGGUGUUGGCAGGUAGCUUUAAUCAACUCUUUGAAUCAGUAUUUAUGUGGAGCAGCUCUAAUUGGCACUCAAUGGGUACUAACAGCAGCCCAUUGCGUUACAAAUAUUGUACGUUCUGGAGAUGCUAUCUACGUUAGAGUUGGGGACCAUGAUUUGACCAGGAAAUACGGUAGUCCAGGUGCUCAAACUUUAAGAGUAGCCACGACGUACAUCCACCACAACCACAACAGUCAGACUUUGGACAAUGACAUUGCUCUGCUGAAGUUGCACGGACAAGCUGAAUUAAAGGAAGGGGUGUGUCUAGUAUGUUUACCUGCAAGAGGAGUCAGUCACGCUGCCGGAAAGAGAUGUACCGUUACCGGAUAUGGAUACAUGGGAGAAGCUGGACCCAUUCCUCUUAGAGUAAGAGAAGCCGAGAUACCAAUCGUCAGUGAUGCCGAAUGUAUCAGGAAAGUGAAUGCUGUGACCGAAAAAAUAUUUAUUCUACCAGCCAGUAGUUUUUGUGCAGGUGGCGAAGAAGGGAACGAUGCAUGUCAGGGUGACGGAGGAGGACCUUUGGUGUGUCAAGACGACGGUUUUUACGAACUGGCGGGUCUAGUUUCCUGGGGGUUCGGAUGUGGGAGGCAAGACGUUCCAGGAGUGUACGUUAAAGUCUCGUCUUUCAUCGGUUGGAUUAACCAAAUAAUCAGUGUCAAUAACUUGUAGCACUUCGAUUUUUAACGUGCGCAAGGACUAUGCUUAAAUGUGGAUAUUUCACUAGUUUGAAUUGACAACUUUAUACACAGGCCAGUUUAAAAAAAAAAAAAACGAACAAUAACAAACAUUCAAUUCAGAUUGUUUUUUAAAAAGUUUUAAGUUAUACAGGAUCUUGGGGACUAAAUCAAAUUUCAUUAUUCAUUCAACUAACGGAAAUAGUGUAAAGAUGUCAAUUUCUUUCGUUGUCUGGCAAAUAAUUGCAUUAUUCCCAAAAACCGCGAUUAUUUAGAUGUAAACGAGAAAUGUAAAUAAUUUAUUUAAAUUCAUACUAAGAUUUAAAAAAUUGUUACCAAAUAAGUGUUAAUUUUAUCCAUCUGUUACGUAUAAGUUGAUAAUGGAUUUUGUUUAGGUUUAUUAUUAGUUUUAUAUUUUGUAAAAAAA